AUGCAGAGGAGGGUACUUGGGCCGUGGGAAGGGCUUUGGCGUGUGCUCUGGGGAGAUGUUCUAGCAGCUGCUGGGUGGAGCAUAGACUGGCAGAUAGGAGCUGAAGCAGGGACCCCAGAUGCCCGGCGGCCGGCGGCCUGCGCCCGGAGCGUGGAGGACGGCCCUCUGGCGCCCCCUGCAGGGCCCGGCGUCUCGCGGCCGAGCGGUCGCCCGCGGGACGGGGGGCGGGGCUGCGCCCGGAAGGGGCGGGGCUUAGCCCCACCCGCCCGCGUCUCGGGCGCAGCCGGCUCCCGGAGUUUGGAGCCGAGGUCCCGCUACAGCGAAGCCCGUCACGUCUGCCUCGCGCGCGGUGUCCCGGCCCCUGACCCAGCGGCCAUGUGCUGGGUGGCAGUCCCCUUACCGGCUGUCUUCGCCAAGACGUGGGAAGCCAGCCCCCCACCUCACCCCCCGUUCCUCAGGCCCGCCUGGACCCUCCGCCAGGAGCUGGUAUUUCCCCGAAAUCGCGGCCCCGUGGCUGACCUCACGGGGAUGACGGCUGGCGGUGGGCCAGCGAGCCGCCUCAGGGUGAGCCCCUGA